GUGGCCUGCAGGUGUUGGGAGAUCCACAGCUAAGACACCAGGACCUCCUGGAAGCCUAGAAAUGGGACCAAUGACAUUUAUGGACGUGGCUAUAGAAUUCUAUCUGGAGGAGUGGCAAUGCCUAAAUACAGCACAGCGUAAUUUUUAUAGAAAUGUGAUGUUAGAUAACUACAGAAACCUGGUCUUCCUUAGUAUUGCUGCCUCUAAGCCAGACCUAAUCAAUUGUCUGGAGAAAGAAAAAGAGCCCUGGAAUAUGAAGAGACAUGAGAUGGUAGUGGAACCCCAAGCUCGGUGA